AUGAAAGUUAAGGUUGUUAGCAGGAAGUUGAUAAAACCAUGUACCCCAACUCCUCCGAACCUUAACAAGUACAAGUUGUCGUUCGUAGACGAGCGUGUCCCGUCGAUAAACGUGGGCGUCGUUCUGUUUUAUCCAACGUCGUCAAAUAUUCGAAAACAUCGCUUGGAGGAAUCAUUGGCUAAAAUCCUCCCCGAAUUCUACAUUCUUGCCGGAAGAUACGUCAAGAAUGACUACCUCGUCGAUUGCGGUGAUCAAGGUGUUGAGUUCAUAGAAGCAGAAGCCGUCGAAGUGGAGUUGGUCGAUUUAUUGAAAAUCAAAGAAGCAGGGCUACUAAAUGAUCUCCUUCCGAGCAAAUUCUACCAAGUCGACGAAUCUUCGGAAGAUCCGCUUCUGUCGAUCCAAAUCACCGAGUUGAAGCCGUGCGGCGGGCUUGUAAUAAGCGUCAGCGUUUCUCACAGAAUUUUCGAUGCAUCUUCUCUAGGGACAUUCGUUGCCGCGUGGUCAAAUGCCACCAAUGAUAACAAUCAUUCAAUCGGGAUUUUCCCGAGUUUCGAGUCGCCAUCGUUGUUUCCGGGGACGAAUCCGGACCAGGAUUCGUCGCCCGUUAGGACAACAUAUGAUCCUAAUAUUGUUGUCAAGAGAUUUUCGUUCGACAAGGAUGCGAUAGCGAGCCUUAGAUCGAAACUAUCACAAGGGACAAAACAAAGCACGAGAAUCUCCAGAGUGCGCCUGGUGUGCGCGGUCGUAGCCAAGGCGUUGAUCGGCGUUGACCGGGCGAAGCACGGAGGAGAAUCAAGAUCUUGCCUCAUGGCGCAAGCGGUGAACAUGCGUGCGAGAACAAUCCCGCCUCUCCAAAAGCACUCUUGUGGGAAUUUGAUAUUAUUAUCACCCACGCCGUGCUUUAUUUCUCCGGCCGAAACAACAAAUAAUAAUAAUAACAAUAAUAGUAACGUCGUAAUUGGGAUCGAACAACAACUGGUUGAUAUUCUCGGUGAUGCUCUCGAUAAAACCAUAGCUGAUUGUGCCGAAAUGCUUUCUCCGGGUCGUUGGCGCGGUGUAAUGAUGGGCCCCGUGGAAGAUAUGUACGGGAAACUAAUGAGUGGGGAGGUUAGUUAUUCAAUCAUGUUUAGCGAUUGGAGUAAGUUUGGAUUCUACGAAGCCGAUUUCGGGUGGGGGAAGCCUGUUGGCGCAGGAAUCGGGACAAUGACUCUUGAAAACAUCGUAAUACUAACGGAUAACAAAGAGGGUGACGGAAUUGAUGCGUGGGUGCAGUUGAAUCGCAACGACGUGCCUCUCUUCGAACAAGACCACGGCAUCAAGUUAUAUACAAUAUGAUGUCGCGAACCGAAUGAGAUUG